AUGGGUCGUCGAAUCGUCUCCGGCGGCUAUCACCCGGCGGAGCAGAAAAAUGGUGACUUUGCGGCUCUCCAGCGGCUGUCACCCGACGGAGAGGAGCUGGAUGGAGGUGGGGCACAUGUUAGGGAGCUUCAUCCUCAGGUCCGCGCAGCAAGAGGAGGCUCUUCAUCGCAUCUGGUACGCUCUCAAGAGGUGGCGACUCAUCUCCUGACGGAUCGUCCUCUUCCCGACGACGGCUUGUUCGUCGAUCAAUCGGAGAUGAUUUACUCAAUGGAUUCGCGAUCCUUUUAUCGCGAAUCGUUCAGCAAUUUUAGUAGCAAUGCUCCGUGAAUCGUGUUGAUGAGAUUUUCGCCGAUGAUCCAGCGAUUCUUGUUGCUUAAUCCUUCACCGGCGAUCUGCAGCAAAAGUUGCGAUAAUCAGAUAAAAAUAUAUGAAUUUUGACUCUGGAAAGAUUCAAACCCACGUCGGUUGCCUGCCUCUUCUGAGGAAGGUGUGACGCGGGUUUAGUCCCACAUCGGUUGUGCGCCAAUUUUUUGGGCGAAUAUAUAGUAAUGUUAGCUUUAUAAGCAAAGUCACUUCUCUCGUGUGUACGACCACUCCUUGCCCCACAGCCGGCUGGCCACCGGUGACAUGGAAGGGGAGUGGCGCACACGUCCCCCUAUCGGUCCAAGCCAAGCCGCUCGAGCCCCUGCUUGCGGCUACUCCCCGACUACGCUUCCGACCCGCUUGCGGGUCCCCCCAUUUUGCAAUAUUUUUAUUUCUAUUUCUUGUUCUUCAUUUAUCUCAAAAGUAAGACUGUAAGAAUCAUAUAAAAUCACAUAAUUAUCCAAAAAUUCACGUUAAUCAACUGAAAACCACUUUUCACACUUUAACAUAAAUAUAAGUCUAUUUAUCAUGAUUUAAGGUGAAAAUUAUAUUACUAACUAAUUAUUAACUCAUGAUAAUAAAGACUUAUCACACCCCCCAACUUAAAUCAUUGCUAGUCCCUUAGCAAUGGAAUUACAAAAAUAAAAUUUUACAAAUCUCAAACAUCAUAUUUCAAUAUAGAAAAAAAAUACAAUUAGAAAUGAUGCACCUUUAAACACUUUGGAUUCUUAUAUCAAGUAUUUAAGAAUGAUGUCAAGCACUUAAAUGUUUAAACACUCCUUGGAAUAACAAUCUAGACUUCACUUCUUCUAUUUACAUCUUUAUCGCUUUCUUCACUCAUAGAUGUAUUUACAGGAUGUUCCAAUUAUCAAUACUCAUCUAAGAAUAAUAUUGAUCCUACAUUUCCUUUUUUCUAUGGCUUGAUUUUUGAAGUUUGCACUAUAUUUCUUCCUUCUUUUUUGUUUUUUUAAUAUAUAUAUAGUGGAUAAGUAACUUUUCCUGUAGAUAAAUUUCGACAAUAAGAAUGAUGUCUCACACCCUCCAUGUGUACUCUUCAUUUUUAGGGCUUUCACUUUAUCCACUUAUUUUGCAGCAAGUGCUUUUCUAUGCACGAUUUUCGACAAUGAGAAUGAUGUCUCACACUCUCCAUGUGUACUCUUCAUUUCUAGAUUUUUCACAUUGCUCUCUCUUUUUUUUUUUUGAAAUAAGUGAUUUCUCCUCACAAGUCCUAUAGAUCAGGGUGCAAAAAUCUCCAUUAAACUCAAAUGAUCAAUCAAAUUUUCACAUCAAGUAAAUACUAUCCAUCAAGAUCAUGAAGUGAAAAUCUGUAAAAUCAAAUCCAUGUUAUCUAUCAUGUAUCCAAGGAGUAUUCCAACAUUUCAUGCUACUAGAUCAUUCUUUUGACUCAAUAAUAAUCUUCCUAGUAUCUUUUGGUAUCAAUCAAUCUAAUUGAUUUAAUUUUUCAUGCAUGCAAUAUGAUGUAAGAAAUUUGUAAAUUAGAUAGUUCUGACAGUUCUAUUUUCUAUUUUCAGUUUUAUUUUUAGCACCAAUAAUUUUGUCAAAAAUAAAUCAAAACUAUUUUCUUUAUAGCUGUAAUUUCGAAUUUCAGUAAUAUAUGUCUAGGGGAUUGAAAUGUGAGAAAAGGGUCUCUAUAAUUUCAAAUUUCGGGUUGUUUUUUCGUCUGCUGUUUUUGACAGUCUAUUGUUCCUAAUAGAAAACCAGAAAAUAGAUGUUGCAGUUUUUCCGAAUUUUAUUUUAUUUUUAGUUUUUUAGGUUCUGUUCUAAUUUCGUCUGUUGUUGUUAAUCGUCUUACAGCAUAAAUUAAUAAUGAAUACUUCACCCCCCAACUUAAAAAAUACAUUGUCCUCAAUGACACAGAAAAAUCGAAACAAAAUAUGCAGAAAAUAGAAUUUUCAAGUGAAGCAUGCAUAUCUACAAAGUUAAGCAUUAAAAAUAUUUUCAUAAAUGAUGAUGAUCAGAAAGACAUCACCUCAACCUCGUUUUUAAAUUUCCACUUCAUCUUACACUCCUCUUCUUGCACUUUUUCGAAAAAAAAUAAAUACAGAAACAAGUACUGCGAAAUUCUAAGAAAAACAGAGCUUAAAAAAAAUCAAACAGAAUGAAAUAAAAACCAUGGGUUGCCUCCCAUGCAGCACUGAAUUUAAUGUCUUCAGUUGGACUCCAUGAUCUUACUCUUGAAUUUUAUUUAAUAAUAAAAUUUCUUUUUCUGCAAGGCGUUCAUGUUCUAAGUAAUGUUUAAGCCGCUGUCCAUUUACCUUAAAGUUAUGAUCACUUUUAGGAUCUUUAAUCAUUACAGCCCAUGAUCAUAUGUCUCUUCCACCACAUAAGGCCCUUUCCAUUUUGAUUUUAAUUUUCUUGGGAAUAAUUUCAGCCUAGAAUCAUAUAACCACACUUUUUGUCCAACAUAAAUUUUUUUUCUGCUAAUGUAUUUAUCAUGAAAAGUUUUAGUUUUUUUUUAUAUAUUCAUGAUUUUCCUAAGCUUUGACAUGACUCAGUCGUUGUAUAUUAAAUCAUGCAAAUAUAAAAUUUAUAAAACUAGAAAAUACAAAUUUUUGGAUAUUUAGAAGUAUUUCUAAAUAAAUAUAUUAAUUAUAAUUCAAUAAAAAUUCCAAAAAUAGUAGUAAUUUUCCAAGUCGAUCACAGGGAUGUAAUAUAAUAUCUAGUAAUUAUUCAGAAUUUUUCUCACUGAAGACGAUUUUCUAUGAAUUUUAUACUAGGAAAUAAAAAGGAAAGAUAUUUAAAAUUUACGAAUAAGGGAAAUAAGGGUGCAGACGUGAUGAUGACGUCAGCGCCCGGCGAGCGCGAAUCGGGCGGAAACAGAGUUCCUCCUGGCGAUCCUUACAUAAGCGAUUAUAGACGAUUUAAUUGAUCAAAUUAAGAUCUGUAAAAUCCGGAAGAAUCGUAAUGGAAUGAAGAAUAGUUUGGUAAAUUUAAAUUACACAAAUUAUCACUAAAAGAAGCGUAAAGUAAAUUGAAAGCAGGAAAACAGAGUUCUGACGUCGCGACGGCGAUGCGUCGGCGAUGCACCGGAAUCCUGAGCGUUCGGGAGGAUCGUCGUGCAGUGUCCACGGCCUCAAAGGCUCUCCUUGGACAAAGACGACGUGGGCAAUCUCUAGAUCUUCUUGUAAAGUCUAGAGAUCAAUGAAGUGGGUCGUCGAAUCAUCUCCAGUGGCUGUCACCUGAUGGAGAGGAGCUGGAUGGAGGUGGGGCGCGUGUUAGGGAGCUUCAUCCUCAGGUCCGCGCAGCAAGGGGAGGCUCUUCAUCGCAUCUGGUACGCUCUCAGGAGGUGGCAACUCGUCUCCCAGCGGAUCGUCCUCUUCCCGACAACGGCUUGUUCGUCGAUCAAUCGGAGAUGAUUUACUCGAUGGAUUCGCGAUCCUUUUAUCGCGAAUCAUUCAGCAAUUUUAGUAGCAAUGCUCCACGUAUCGCGUUGACGAGAUUUUCGCCGAUGAUCCAGCAAUUCUCGUUGCUUAAUCCUUCACCGGCGAUUUGCAGGAAAGUCGCGAUAAUCAGAUAAAAAUAUAUGAAUUUUGACUCUGGGAGGAUUCGAACCCGUGCCGGUUGCCCGCCUGUGAGGAAGGUGUGACGCGGGUUUAGUCCCACAUCGGUUGUGCGCCGAUUUUUCAGGUGAAUAUAUAGUAAUGUUAGCUUUGUAAGCAAAGUCUCUUCUCUCGCGUGUACGACCACUCCUUGCCCCACAGCCGGCUGGCCACCGGUGACGUCGAAGGGGAGUGGCAUACACGUGCCCUAUCGGUCCCCAAGCCAAGCCGCUCAAGCCCCUAUUCGCGGCUACUCCCCGACUGCGCUUCCAACCCGCUUGCGAGCCUAGCUGGCCAGCGGGUCCCCCAUUUUUGCAAUAUUUUUAUUUUUAUUUCUUGUUCUUCAUUUAUCUCGAAAGUAAGACUGUAAAAAUCGUAUAAAAUCACAUAAUUACCCAAAAAUUCACGUUAAUCAACUGAAAACUAAAAAUCAUUUUUUAACAUAAAUAUAAGUCUAUUUAUCAUGAGUUAAGUCUAAAACUAUAUUAUUUACUAAUUAUUAACUCAUGAUAAUAAAGACUUAUCACACCCCCCAACUUAAAUCAUUGCUAGUCCCUUAGCAAUGGAAUUACGAAAAUAAAAUUUUACAAAUCUCAAACAUCAUAUUUCAAUACAGAAAAAAAAUAUAUAAUUAGAAAUGAUGCACCUUUAAACACUUUGGAUUCUUAUAUCAAGUAUUUAAGAAUGAUGUCAAGCACUUAAAUGUUUAAACACUCCUUGGAAUAACAAUCUAGACUUCACUUCUUUAUCACUUCUUCACUCAUAGAUGUAUUUACAAGAUGUUCCAAUUAUCAAUAUUCAUCUUACAUUUCCCUUUUUCUAUGACUUGAUUUUUGAAGUUUGCACUAUAUUUCUUCCUUCUUUUUUUUUAUUUUUUUUAUAAAUAGUGGAUAAGUAGCUUUUCCUGUAGACAAAUUUCGACAAUAAGAAUGAUGUCUCACACCCUCCAUGUGUACUCUUCACUUUCAGGGCUUUCACUUUAUCCAUUUAUUUUUCAGCAAGUGUUUUUCUAUGCACGAUUUUCGACAAUGAGAAUGAUGUCUCACACCCUCCAUGUGUACUCUUCGUUUCUAGAUUUUUCACAUUGCUCUCUCUUUUUUUUUUUCGAAAUAAGUAAUUUCUCCUCACAAGUCUUAUAGAUCAGGGUGCAAAAAUCUCCAUUAAACUCAAAUGAUCAAUCAAAUUUUCACAUCAAGUAAAUACUAUCCAUCAAGAUCAUGAAGUGAAAAUCUGUAAAAUCAAAUCCAUGUUAUCUAUCAUGUAUCCAAGGAGUAUUCCAACAUUUUAUGCUACUAGAUCAUUCUUUUGACUUAAUAAUAAUCUUCCUAGUAUCUUUUGAUAUCAAUCAAUCUAAUUGAUUUAAUUUUUCAUGCAUGCAAUAUGAUGUAAGGAAUUUGUAAAUUAGAUAGUUCUGACAGUUUUGUUUUCUGUUUUCAGUUCUAUUUUUAGCAACAAUAAAUUUGUCAAAAAUAAAUCAAAACUAUCCUCUUUAUAGCUGUAAUUUCGAAUUUCAGUAAUAUAUAUCUAGGGGAUUGAAAUGUGAGAAAAGGGUCUCUAUAAUUUCAAAUUUUGGGCUAUUUUUUGUCUGCUGUUUUUGACAAUCUGGUUUUUCUGAAAGAAAACCAGAAAAUAAAUGUUGCAGUUUUUCUGAAUUUUAUUUUAUUUUUAUUUUUUUGUUGCUGUUCUAAGUUGAAUAAAAUGGAAACACAUGUUCUUAAUCGUCUUACAGCAUAAAUUAAUAAUGAAUACUUCACCCCCCAACUUAAAAAUGACAUUGUCCUCAAUGACAUAGAAAACUCGAAACAGAAUAUGCAGAAAAUAUAAUUUUCAAGUGAAGCAUGCAUAUCUGCAAAGUUAAGCAUUAAAAAUAUUUUCAUAAAUGAUGAAGCUCAGAAAGACAUCACCUCAACCUCGUUUUUAAUUUUCCACUUCAUCUUACACUCCUCUUCCUGCACUUUUUCGAAAAAAAAUAAAUACAGAAACAAGUACUGCGAAAUUCUAAGAAAAACAGAGCUUAAAAAAAAUCAAACAGAAUGAAAUAAAAACCAUGGGUUGCCUCCCAUGCAGCACUGAAUUUAAUGUCUUCAGUUGGACAACAGCUCUUAGAUCAUAUAAGAUGAUCUAUGGCCAUCAAAAUAUAUUUGUACCCCAAGGUAAGUUUCAUGAUAUUCUUUUUCAGAUUUAGCAUAAAUUCAUAUACUUCAUAUAUAUACCUUGACAUACUUUCAGCCAAAAAAAAAUGGAAAUUAACAAAAUUUUUUCCCAAAAAUAAUAUUUUCAUUUUGAAAAGAAUCUUUCCUUAUUUCUAUCUUGUUUUGUAAGGCUCUCAUUCAUUAAUAAAUACUUUCUAUUAAUAGACCAUAAAAUGUGAUCAGGCCAUAUAAUUUUCAAAUUAGCUCCUACCCAAUCUAGAAUUUUUUCAUCUAAAUUGAUAUCUCUAAUUCUUCCACUCACCCAUUUCUUAAUGUGUUCUUUUAUCUGCAUAAUCUUCCCCUGCCCCAUUUUAUCUUCCAUACAUAUUUGUUCAAUUUGCGAGGAGUGAAAUAUUUCAAGCUUAGAAGUAAUUCUAAUGGGCUGUGGGUUUUGAAGGAUGGAAGGAUUGUCUUCUUUAAUCUCAGAUCUAAUGAAUUCAGUAAAAUUCAAAUUUUCUCCUCCAAAAUUAUCUCUAUAUUCAUAUCUAUUAUUUUCGUUUGUUCCCAUUAGUUGAAUCAAUUCUUUUUCUAGCUUUUCGUUUCUCAACUCAUCAAAUUCUUCAUCUUCCCAAGAGCUAUCUUUUAAUUUUGGUAUAUGAUAUACAUCAUCAUCCUCACAAUCAACAUCCAUGGCUACAAAAUUAUGAUUAGAUUCAUUAAUUUCGUCUCCUACAUCUCCCAAAUCAAUUGAUUUUUCCUCACCUGAAAUAUAUUUAUCUUCAUUUCUGUCCUUACUCCCUUCUACUAAAAUUUGGAUGAUUUUUCUAUGAUCAGUUGCUGUUUCUUCAUCUAAGGGUUCUUUCUCCUCAUCAUCCUCACUAUAUUCAUUCAUCAAUUGUGAGCAAUAAAUGAUUUUAUUCAAAUUUUCUGCUACUAUAUUUUCAGCCUUAAUAUUCUCAUUUACUUCUAAUGGAUCAUCAAUUUCUUCUAAUAAUUGGAAAUAAGGAUCAGGUAAAAUAUUCUCACUCAAUGUAUUCACUGUCCUAACAUUUUCAUUUCGUGGGUUUUUUUUUAAAUUUAUCCAGCUAGACUCUUUUUGCUGAAAUCUUACUGUUGGACAGUUUUCUGAAUUUUCUAUGGGCUGACUAGGUAGCUGUCCCUCUUCUCUCUUAUUCUCAAGAGCCUCUAUAAUUUGUUUCUGAUGCAGCAUCAUUUGAUUCAUAAUUUGUUGCAUCAUUUGGCUCAUUUGCUGCAUCAUUUCUAUAGUAUCAUGUUGGGUUUGAGAGUUCUGAUUUUUUUGAAAUCUGUUUUCUUGUUUUGGACGAAAUUCAGAGUUUGAGUUGGAUCUAAGUGCUUCUGGAUUUUGAAUAUUAUUUGGGUUUCUCCACGAAAAAUUAUUCCCCCAAUUAGGAUUAUAAGAAUUAGAAAAAUAUUCUCUACUUUUACAAAAAUUAUGAGGUACUUGCACUUGUUCUUGCCAAGGAUGAUAUUGAAAUUCGAAAUAAUCAUUUUCACCAUACGUAGGACAUGUACUAUUUGAAUUAAAUUGAGGGUUAAGAGGCAUUGUAAUAUUGUCAAUAAGUAAAUCAAGUUUUUCUAAUCUUUGAUUAAUCUGAUUAACCUCAUUUCUAAGUUCAGAAUUAUCAUCAUGAUGUAAUUCAUAAAUUUCUCUCUUCAUUUCCUUGUCAUAUAAUUCAAAAGAGGCUUGAUCUCUAAAAUUUUCACUUAAAUUCUCAUAAAGACUGUAAAUCUCAUUAGGCGUUUUCUCCAUAAAAGCUCCUCCACAUGUAGAAUCAACCAUAUUUCUAUAUUGUUCUAAUAAUCCAUCAUAAAAAAUUCUAUUGAGCUGCCACUUGGGUAUAGCAUGAUGAGGACACUUUCUAAGUAAAUCUUUGAAUUUUUCUCAUGUCUCAUGCAAAGUUUCUCCUAGUCUUUGAGAAAAACUCCAUAUAUGUUUUCUCAUAUUUUGAGUUUUUCCUAAGGGAUAAAAUUUUCGAAGAAAAGCCUAUUCUAUAUCUUUCCAGCUAGUUAAUUCUCUAUCUAAUGUGGAUAGCCAAUGACUAACUUUGUCCCUAAGUGUAUGUGGGAAUAAUUUCAUCUUAAUAAUUUCCGGUGUAACUUGAGGGAGAUUAACUAAAUCACAGACCAUAUGAAAUUUUUCUAAGUGCUGAUGAGGUUCCUCUAAAGGCAAUCCAUGAAAAUUAGGGAGCAUUUGAAAAAUUCUUAGAUUUAUUUCGAAUUUAACAGUGGGUGCUAAUGGGACUCUAAUAUUAGAUGCCCUUUGAAAUGAAUCAGGGAUAUAAUGAUUUUUCAUGGCCAUAGGAUUGUUCUCAGUUUGACCUGUACUUCCUUCAGGAUCCAUCAAAAUUAGUUUUUCUUUCGGAUUUUUAUUUUUGAAUGAAAUAAUGAAAGUAUUUUCUAGCCUUGGAUGCAAGGAUCUUCUACCAUGCAUAAAAAUCAAUAAAUUCGAGGGUAAAAGUUAGUAACUGUUACCCUCCUUCAGGAUGCUCCAGUCCUUGCCGUGCUUCUUUUCAUUCCCUUUUUCUAAUAAAAAUCGGCAAAAAGAAAAUAAAACAAGAGUUAAGUUUUUUUUUUGUGUAUAUUAAGAGAAAAACAGAAAAAUACUAAAUAUUAUGCAAUACAUCCCCAGCAACGGCACCAAAAUUUGACAUGACUCAGUCGUUGUAUAUUAAAUCACGCAAAUAUAAAAUUUAUAAAACUAGAAAAUACGAAUUUUUAGAUAUUUAGAAGUAUUUCUAAAUAAAUAUAUUAAUUAUAAUUCAAUAAAAAUUUCAAAAAUAGCGGUAAUUUUCCAGGUCGAUCACAGGGAUGUAAUAUAAUAUCUAGUAAUUAUUCAGAAUUUUUCUCAAUUAAUACGAUUUUCUAUGAAUUUUAUACUAGGAAAUAAAAAGGAAAUAUAUUUAAAAUUCACGAAAAGGGAAAUAAGGGUGCAGAUGUGAUGAUGAUGUCAGCGCCUGGCGAGUGCGAAUCGAGCGGAAACAGAGUUCUGCCCGGUGAUUCUUACGUAAGCGAUUAUGGACGAUUUAAUUGAUCAAAUUAAGAUGUGUAAAAUCCGGAAGAAUCAUAAUGAAAUGAAGAAUAGUUUGGUAAAUUUAAAUUACACAAAUUAUCACUAAAUGAAGCGUAAAGUAAAUUGAAAGCAAGAAAACAAAGUUCCGGCGUCACGAAGGCGAUGCGUCGGUGAUGCACCGGAAUGCUGAGCGUUCGGGAGGAUCGUCAUGCAGUGUCCACGGCCUCGAAGGCUCUCCUUGGACAAAGACGACGUGGGCAAUCUCUAGAUCUUCUUGCGAAAUCUAGAGAUCAAUGAAGUGGGUCGUCGAAUCGUCUCCGGCGGCUGUCACCCGGCAGAGUGGAAAAAUGGCGACUUUGCGGCUCUCUGGCGGCUGUCACCUGACGGAGAGGAGCUGGAUGGAGGUGGGGCGCGUGUCAGGGAGCUUCAUCCUCAGGUCCGCGCAGCAAGAGGAGGCUCUUCAUCGCAUCUGGUACGCUCUCAGGAGGUGGCGACUCGUCUCCCGGCGGAUCGUCCUCUUCCCGACGACGGCUUGUUCGUCGAUCAAUCAGAGAUGAUUUACUCGAUGGAUUCGCUAUCCUUUUAUCGCGAAUCGUUCAGCAAUUUUAGUAGCAAUGCUCCGCAAAUCGCGUUGACGAGAUUUUCGCCGAUGAUCCAGCAAUUCUCGUUGCUUAAUCCUUCACCGGCGAUCUGCAGGAAAGUCGCGAUAAUCAGAUAAAAAUAUAUGAAUUUUAACUCUAGGAGGAUUCGAACCCGCGCCGGUUGUCCGCCUGUGAGGAAGGUGUGACGCGGGUUUAGUCCCACAUCGGUUGUGCGCCGAUUUUUCAGGCAAAUAUAUAGUAAUGUUAGCUUUGUAAGCAAAGUCUCUUCUCUCGCGUGUACGACCACUCCUUGCCCCACAGCCGGCUGGCCACCGGUGACGUCGAAGGGGAGUGGCAUACACGUGCCCUAUCGGUCCCCAAGCCAAGCUGCUCGAGACCCUACUCGCGGCUACUCCCUGACUGCGCUUCUGACCCACUUGCGGGCCCGGUUGGCCGGCGGGUCCCCCAUUUUUGCAAUAUUUUUAUUUUUAUUUCUUGUUCUUCAUUUAUCUCGAAAGUAAGACUGUAAAAAUCGUAUAAGAUCGCAUAAUUACCCAAAAAUUCAUGUUAAUCAACUGAAAACCAAAAAUCAUUUUUUAACACAAAUAUAAGUCUAUUUAUCAUGAGUUAAGGCUAAAACUAUAUUAUUUACUAAUUAUUAACUCAUGAUAAUGAAGACUUAUCAAGCUUCAUUCCUCAACUCCUCUAGUUCAUAUAGUUGAAAAAUUCUAUGCCCACCAACUGAUUUCUCAUCCAUACAUAAAUUUUUUAUAGCCCAUAAUGCUUUAUGCUCUAUUUCCAUAGAAAGAUGACAUGGCUUUCCAAAAAUGAGACGAAAUGGGGACAUACCUAUGGGAUUUUUAUAAGCUGUUCUAUAAGCCCAUAAUGCAUCUUGUAAUUUCGUGGGCCAAUCUUUCCUAUCUGGUCUAACUAUUUUUCUCAAAAUUCUCUAAAUUUCCCUAUUUGCUACUUCAGCUUGCCCAUUUGUUUGGGGAUGAUAUGGAGUGACUACUCUAUGGUGUACUCCAUUCUUUUUCAACAGUUCUCUGAAAUUUUUAUUUGUAAAAUGUGUUCCUCCAUCACUAAUAAUCACUCUAGGACAUCCAAAUCUCGAAAAAAUAUUUUCCUGCACAAAUUUCAUCACGAUUUUAUGAUCAUUAGUUCUAGUAGGAAUAGCUUCCACCCACUUCGACACAUAAUCAACAGCAAACAAAAUAUAUUCAUAUUUUUCAGCUAAUGAGAAGGGACCCAUGAAAUCUAUUCCCCAUACAUCAAAAAUUUCAACUACUAACAUGUUACUCAUAGGAAUUUCAUCUUUUUUACUCAUGUUACCUAUAGAUUGGCAUGAAAUACAUGUUCUACUAAAUUCUAUAGAAUCUCUAAUGAUUGUAGGCCAAUAAAAACCACACUGAAAAAUUUUUGCAGCUAUUUUUCGUCCAGAGAAAUGUCCUCCACAGUUAGAUGAAUGGCACAUGUUAAUAAUGCUAUGAUAUUCUUCUUCAGGAACACAUCUCCUUAAAAUUUGAUCAUUGCCCAAGUAAUAUAAAUCAGGAUCAUGCCAAAAAUAAUUUCUAAUCUUAGAAAAGAAAUGAUGUUUUUUGUUCUUAUCCCACUGUUUUGGAGUUUUUCCAGAAACCAAAAAAUUAACAAUAUGUGCAUACCAUGGUGAUGGUUGAUGUUGAGCUGCCAUCAAUUGUUCAUCUUGAAAUGCGACUUGUAAAGGUGCUGCAUUUAUUCCUGUAUCACUUAAUCUAGAAAGAUGGUCAGCAACAACAUUCUCGAAACCUUUUUUAUCUUUUAUUUCUAAGUCGAAUUCUUGCAACAAUAAAAUCCAUCUUAAUAAACGUGGCUUUGCAUCUUUCUUAUUUAACAGAUAUUUUAAUGCUGCAUGAUCAGUAUAAAUAAUAAUUUUAGCUCCCAAAAUAUAUGAUCUAAACCUUUCUAACGAAAAUACUACAGUUAACAACUCUUUUUCAGUCAUGGUAUAAUUUAAUUGAGCAUCGGAUAUAGUUUUACUAGCAUAUGAAAUUACUAUGGGUUUUGACUCUUUUGUUUGUCCUAGAACAGCCCCCACUGCAUAAUUCGAUGCAUCACACAUUAUUUCAAAGGGAAGGGACCAAUCAGGAGCUUGUAAAAUGGGUGCCUCAGUAAGUAAUCUUUUUAUUUCGGAAAAAAACUCAAAGCAUUUCUCAUCAAAAUUAAAAGGCACAUCUUUAGAUAAUAGCAUGGUGAGAGGUUUAGAAAUUUUCGAAAAAUCCUGAAUAAAUUUUCUGUAAUAACCUGCAUGACCCAAGAAAGAUCUAAUCUGUUUUACUGAAUUUGGAGGUUUCAUUUUAGAUAUAAUAUCAAUUUUUGCUCUAUCCACCUCUAAACCCCUUUCCCUCACAAUAUGACCCAACACAACUCCCUCUUUAACCAUAAAAUGUGAUUUCUCCCAACUCAAAACUAAUUUUUUCUUUAUGCAUUUCUCAAGUACAUGCUGUAAAUGGUUUAAGCAUUCAUCAAAAGAUUCGUCAAAAACAGAAAAAUCAUCCAUAAAAAUCUCCAUGCAUUUUCCAAUCAUAUGAGAAAAAAUAGACAGCAUACAUCUUUGAAAUGUGGCUGGAGCAUUACACAGACCAAAAGGCAUGCGUUUAAAAGCAAAAGUAUCAAAUGGACAAGUGAAAGUUGUUUUUUCUUGAUCUAAAGGGUUUAUAUAAAUUUGAUUAUAACUAGAGUAUCCAUCCAGAAAACAAAAAAAAAAAUUCCAGCUAAUUUUUCUAGAAUUUGAUCAGUAAAUGGUAGGGGAAAAUGAUCUUUUCUAGUAACUGAAUUUAAUUUUCUAUAAUCAAUGCAAACCCUCCAACCAGUAGUUAAUCUUGUUUGUAUUUCAUCCCCAUUUUUGUUUGUUAUAACCGUGAUCCCUGAUUUUUUUGGCACCACUUGUGUAGGACUAACCUAUUUGCUAUCUGAAAUAGGAUAAAUAAUAUCAGCAGCCAGCCACUUUAAAAUUUCUUUUUUUACAAUUUCCAUUAUGUUAGGAUUUAAUCUUCGUUGUGGUUCCCUGCUAGUUCUAGCCCCUUCCUCUAGAUAUAUACUAUGCAUGCAUACACUCAUAUCAAUGCCCCUUAGAUCAUCCAUUUUCCAGCCCAUAGCCUUCUUAUUUUUUCGAAGUACAUCUAAUAAUUCUUCUUCCUAUUCAUCACUCAAAUCAGCUGCAAUAAUAAUAGGAAAUGAAUUAUUUUCCUCCAAAAACAUAUAUUUUAAACUAGAGGGAAGAGGUUUCAACUCUAAAUUCAGAUGAUCUUUCUCUUUCUUUUCUUCUAAAUUUAUAUUCUUUAUUUCCUCUAAUUCUUCCAGCACAUAGUCAUCAAUAACAUCUGGAUCAUCAAAAUCAUCUAGAAGAUCUAUGGUAUGACAAUCAUAUACUUGGGAUUUCUUAAGAUCAUUUGAUACCUCAAAAAUUUUAAUUUCUAGUGAUUGAUCUCCACAUGAAAUUUUCGCAAUACUUGUGGGAAAAUCAAUAUUCAUCUUUGCUGUAUGCAAAAAUGGUCUCCCUAGGAUGAUUGGUGUAUCAUAAAACUGUCCAUUAAGAUCCAUUUCCAGCACUACAAAAUCAGCUAGAAAUUUACACCCUUUAACUGUCACUAUCACAUUUUCUAAAAUACCUUUAGGAUGUUUUAUGGAUCUAUCAGCAAAUUGUAAGGUAACAAUAGAAGGUUUAAGAUCAGAAAUAUUAAAUUUAUCACAAAUACUUGCAGGUAAUAAAUUAAUAUUAGCACCGGUGUCAAGUAAUGCCUUCUGAAAAGUAAAUCCACCAAUAUCACACAAACUUAAAGGGGCACAUGUAUCUCUCAAUUUAUAUGGUAAUUGAUUUAGUAAUAAUGCACUAGCAUGCAUAGAUAAUUUUUCUACUCUAGGUGCCCUUUUUGGUGUACACAUUUCUUUCAAAACUCUAGCAUAUUUAGGAAUAUGUUCAAUGGUAGUGAGUAAAGGAAGACUAAUUUGCACAUCUUGUAAAAUUUUCAUUAUUUCUUCAUUGUGUUCCUUUUUCUUUCUUUGUCUAGGCUCUAGAGCUUUAGGAAAUGGAAUGGUCGUCCUCUCUUUCGAAAUUUCCUUGGUAGAAUCUAUAAAAUCCUCUUCUACUCUUAUUUGAUUUUUUUUUGGUUUGUCCACUUUUUCUUUUUCUUCUAAUGUUUGGGGAUAAGGAUCAGGUAAGAUCUUACCACUCCUUAAUGCAUUCACUAUCCUAACAUUUUCAUUUCGUGGGUUUUUUCCUAGAUUCAUGCUACUAGACUCCCCUUGCUGAAAUCCUAUUGUUGGGCGGUUCCCUGGAUUUUCUAUGGGCUGACUAGGUAGCUGUCCCUCUUCUCUCUUAUUCCCAAGAGCCUCUAUAAUUUAUUUCUGGUGCAGCAUCAUUUGAUUCAUAGUUUGUUGCAUCAUUUGGCUCAUUUGCUGCAUCAUUUCCAUAGCAUCAGGUUGGAUUUGAGAGGACUGAUUUUUUUGAAAUCUGUUUUUCUUGUUUUGGACGAAAUUCAAAGUUUGAAUUGGGUCUAAGUGCUUCUAGAUUUUGAAUAUUAUUUGGGUCUCUCCAUGAAAAAUUAUUCCUCCAAUUCGGAUUAUAAGAAUUUGAAAAAGGUUCCCUGUUUCUAUUAAGUUGAGGGUUAAAAGGCUUUCUAAUAUUAUCAAUAAGUAAAUCAAUUUUUUUUAAUCUUUAAUUAAUCUGAUUAACCUUAUUUCUAAGUUUAGAAUCAUCAUCAUGAUGCAAUUCAUAAAUUCUUCUCUUCUUAUCCCUGUCAUAUAAUUCAAAAGAGGCUUGAUCUCUAGAAUUUUCACUUAAAUUCUCAUAAAGAUUGUAAAUCUCAUCAGGAGUUUUUUCCAUAAAAGCUCCUCCACAUAUAGAAUCAACCAUAUUUCUAUGUUGUUCUAAUAAUCCAUCAUAAAAAAUUCUAUUGAGCUGCCACUUGGGUAUAGCAUGAUGAGGACACUUUCUAAGUAAAUCUUUGAAUUUUUCUCAUGUCUCAUGCAAAGUUUCUCCUGAUCUUUGAGAAAAACUUCAUAUAUGUUUUCUCAUAUUUUGAGUUUUUCUUAAGGGAUAAAAUUUUCGAAGAAAGGCCUGUUCUAUAUCUUUCUAGCUAGUUAAUUCUCUAUCUAAUGUGGAUAGCCAAUGACUAGCUUUGUCCCUAAGUGUAUGAGGGAAUAAUUUCAUCUUAAUAAUUUCCGGUGUAAUUUGAGGGAGAUUAACUAAAUCACAGACCAUAUGAAAUUCUUCUAAGUGCUGAUGAGGUUCUUCUAAAGGCAAUCCAUGAAAAUUAGGGUGCAUUUGAAAAAUUCUUAGAUUUAUUUCGAAUUUAACAAUGGGUGCUAAUGGGACUCUAAUAUUAGAUGCCCUUUGAAAUGAAUCAGGGAUAUAAUGAUUUUUCAUGGCCAUAGGAUUGUUCUCAGUUUGACAUGUACUUCCUUCAGGAUCCAUCAAAAUUAGUUUUUCUUUCAGAUUUUUAUUUUUGAAUGAAAUAAUGAAAGGAUUUUCUAGCCUUGGAUGCAAGGAUCUUCUAUCAUGCAUAAAAAUCAAUAAAUUCGAGGGAAAAAGUUAGUAACUAUUACCCUCCUUCAGGAUGCUCCAGUCCUUGCCUUGCUUCUUUUCAUUCCCUUUUUCUAAUAAAAAAUUGGCAAAAAGAAAAUAAAAUAAGAGUUUAAAUUUAUUUAUUUUUUUGUGUACUCUAAGAGAAAAACAGAAAUACUAAAUAUUAUGCAAUACAUCCCUGGCAAUGGUGCCAAAAUUUGACGUGACUUAGUCGUUGUGAUGGUGAGCAGGACCUGUCUCCAUCAGCUCAGGAGACACCGGCAGUCCGAGUUCAGCCCGAUCGACGCACAAAGACAAAGGAGCCUGGCUUUCGCUACACGGCCUAGCCCUUUGGGACAACGACAUUCCACCUCCGCGACGACGACAAGCUUGAGCUCACCCAUAUCUUUCUUUGUAUUUUCACGUUGACUUGUUGGGCCUCGCGUUUGUGUGUUAGCGGGCCCAAUUCUAUGUGUGUGUGUUGUUGUUUGUCUCUCUUACUUUAGGGUUUUAUUGGGUCUUUCUUUGAGGCCCAAUUAAAACCCUAAGGGGGGAGGACCUGUGUCUUUCUUUUUUUUUGGGCCUCUUUUGGGACUUAUUUGGGUCUUUAUUUGAGGCCUACUUAAGCACCAUAAGAGGGCCCUCCUCUUUCUCCUUUUAGGGGAGCUUAUUGGGUCUCUCUUUAAGAGGCCCAAUAAGCCCCUUUUUGUAGCCUUUGUGGCUUAUGGGCUUGAGGGUCUCAAGUGGGCCCACCUCCCCUUAGCCCACUUGUGGCCCCCAUAUAAGGGGAGGUAGGACCCCCCUCAGAGGGCGCUGUAUUUUUUGAGAGAAAUUAUCAUUGUGAGUUAUCUUCCUCGUGACCAAGAAUAGGGAGGGAAGGAGGAAGAGGAAGGCCAUCGAUACCCCCUUCGAGGACUUCGUUCCUCGUGACGCUGCUGCCUGAGAAGUCCCGCUGCCGCCUGAGACCACUGCCGCCGCCGGCCAUCUCAUUGCCGCCCGGGAGCUCGCCGCCGUCACCGGACGAAACGGUCGCGGUUGCCACUGCAUCCGCCGCCGCCUCUGCUGGAACCCCGUCACGCCGCCGUGACGAAAGGGGCUCGCUUCGCCUCCCCCACGAGCCGUCGCCGAGCACUCCGCCGGAGUCUCUCGACUCCCGGUUCGACUGCCGCCUCUUCCUCCGGAACUCCACCAUAAAUUCGCCGGAGCCGCCCUCCGCCGCUCCGCCCAGUCGCUGGCCGUUCGCCGACGAACGCCGACCUGCCACCGACGUCAGAAGAGACCCCGCAGCCGUGCUGACGAGCCAGAACCAGUCCCAGCUCCUGACAGGCCCCCGCCGGAUUUUCCCGACACUCCGCCACCGUCGCGCCGUUUCCGGCGCUGCUUAGACCAGGAGAGCUCAACCCUCCCUGGUAUCGUCGGCCGUAUCGUCUCCUCUCUGCUCCGCUUCCCGGCGCCGCUAGAGAGGCCGAUCCUUCUGGUGACAGUUGGGUUUCCGCCCCAACCGCUGACGCUCGGCAUUCCCGCCGAAGCGCCGCUGACGCUCGGCAUCCCUGCCGAAGCGCCGCAGACGCUCGGCCUUCCCGCCGAAGCGCUGCCGCCACGUGCGCCCUGCGCGCCGGCUCUUGCGGCCUGCGCGGCCACCCGGCACAACUGCCCGCGUGCCCUUCGGCCCACCAGCGGGCCCACGCCCACUAGCGUGCCCUUUGGCCCACCUGCAGGCCCACGCCCACGCCGACUGUGCCACACCCUAAGACGACAACUUCCGUGACUCUCGACCAGGACCGACCGUCGACGCUGAGCAUCGCUCUUCACCGGACGUCCCUGCCUUCGUUGGAUCUCCGCUCCGUCAUGACCCGCCGGGCUACGCAGCCCUGAAGGUUAGCUCUGUACCCCUUCUUACUUAAGUUUAAUUAUCUUUCGAAGGGUUUUCUCAGCUCGUCUCUACCGCCUUCAGGAGCAUGUAGAUAGGAUAGGAUAGGUUAUUGGAUCGUGACUUCCGACGCUGCGCCAGACUCGUCACAGUUCGUGAGCUGCAGCCCUAGGCUACUUUAUGACGACAGUUCUACCGUCUGUCUGGACGUGGACCGAGAGGGCCUCUCACUCACCAUUGUCGAGUAUUUCCCCGGGUUGUCCUGGGAUGAUCACGCAUAUUGGUAUGCCUGCCUGUGCUUAGGUUACGUGGUCAGACCUAGAGUCUAGGGUCGAAACCUUCUUAUUAAAUCGGUCCGACUAUCCCAUCAUGGGACUCGAGUUUCAUUGAUCAGGUAUAGGGGGUUCUCGCCCCGUCGUGCAUCAAGUUGUAUAUUAAAUCACGCAAAUAUUAAAUUUAUAAAACUAGAAAAUAUGAAUUUUCGGAUAUGUAGAAGUAUUUCUGAACAAAUAUAUCAAUUAUAAUUCAAUAAAACUUCCAAAAAUAGCGGUAAUUUUCUAGGUCGAUCACAAGAAUGUAAUAUAAUAUCUGGUAAUUAUUUAGAAUUUUUCUCUAUGAAUAAUAUUUUAUAUGAAUUAUAUACUAAGAAAUGAAAAGGAAAUAUAUUUAAAAUUCACAAAAAAGGGAAAUAAGGGUGCGGACGUCAGGAUGACGUCAGCGCUUGGCGAAUGCGAAUCGGGCGGAAAUAGAGUUCCGUCCGGCGAUUCUUACGUAAGCGAUUACAGACGAUUUAAUUGAUCAAAUUAAGAUCUGUAAAAGCCGGAAGAAUCGUAAUAGAACAAAGUAUAUUUUGGUAAAUUAAAAUCACAAAAAUAUCACUAAAUGAAGCGUAAAGUAAGUUGAAAGCAGGAAAACAGAGUUCCGGCGUCGCGACGGCGAUGCGUCGGCGAUGCACCAGAAUUCUGAGUGUUCGGGAGGAUCGUCGUGUAGUGUCCACGGCCUCGAAGGCUCUCCUUGGACAAGGACGACAUGGGCAAUCCCUAGAUCUUCUCGCGAAGUCUAGAGAUUAAUGAAAUGGGUCGUCGAAUCGUCUCCAGCGACUGUCACCCGGCGGAGCAGAAAAACGGCAACUUUGCGGCUCUCCGGCGGCUGUCACCCGACGGAGAGGAGCUGGAUGGAGGUAGGGCGCAUGUCAGGGAGCUUCAUCCUCAGGUCCGCGCAGCAAGAGGAGGCUCUUCAUCGCAUCUGGUACUCUCUUAGGAGGUGGCGACUCGUCUCCCGGCGGAUCGUCCUCUUCCCGACGACGGCUUGUUCAUCGAUCAAUCGGAGAUGAUUUACUCGAUGGAUUCGCGAUCCUUUUAUCGUGAAUCGUUCAACAAUUUUAGUAGCAAUGCUCCGCAAAUCGUGUUGACGAGAUUUUCACCGAUGAUCCAGCGAUUCUCGUUGCUUAAUCCUUCACCGGCGAUCUGCAGCAAAAGUCGCGAUAAUCAGAUAAAAAUAUAUGAAUUUUGACUCUAGAAGGAUUCAAACCCGCGUCGGUCGCCCGCCUCUUCUGAGGAAGGUGUGACGCGGGUUUAGUCCCACAUCAGUUGUGCGCCAAUUUUUUGGGCGAAUAUAUAGUAAUGUUAGCUUUAUAAGCAAAGUGACUUCUCUCGCGUGUACGACCACUCCUUGCCCCACAGCCGGCUGGCCACCGGUGACGUGGAAGGGGAGUGGCGCACACGUCCCCUUAUCGGUCCAAGCCAAGCCACUCGAGCCCCUGCUCGCGGCUACUCCCCAACUGCGCUUCCGACCCCCUUGCAGGUCCCCCCAUUUUGCAAUAUUUUUAUUUCUAUUUCUUGUUCUUCAUUUAUCUCAAAAGUAAGACUGUAAAAAUCAUAUAAAAUCACAUAAUUAUCCAAAAAUUCACGUUAAUCAACUGAAAACCACUUUUCACACUUUAACACAAAUAUAAGUCUAUUUAUCAUGAGUUAAGGCUAAAAUUAUACUAUUUACUGAUUAUUAACUCAUGAUAAUGAAGACUUAUCAGCGGACCUGAGGAUGAAGCUCCUUGACAUGUGCCCCACCUCCAUCCAACUCCUCUCCAUCGGGUGACAGCCGCCGAAGAGCCGCAAAGUCGCCAUUUUUCCGCUCUGCCGGGUGACAGCCGCCGGAGAUGA